AAUAUGAAGAAGCAAUCAGACUUUUGUCCACAGUAAGAAUAAGAAGAUGCCUGCACUCCACAAAGAGAGAGAUGGAAAGGAGUUGCUCUGGAGGAACUACCAACAUGUAUUGGCAUUUCUCUUUGCCAUUGAGGAGAUCAAUAAGAAUCUCCAUUUGCUUCCCAACCUUUCCUUCGGUUAUAAUCUCUACAAUGCACUUCCCGGCCACCUAAGGACCUUAGAGAAUGCCCUGUUUUUGCUCUCUGGAGGGAAUCAAUCUUUGCCUAACUACAACUGCCAGAUCCAGAACCAAUCUGUAGCUAUCAUUGCAGGAAAUAUUCCAACAUUUUCAGCUCAAAUUGGGACCCUUUUGGACCUCUACAAAAUGCCACAGCUUCAUCCAUUUCUAAGGAAAAGCCAAUUUGCCCAUAAUACUGGAUACAACAUGGCCCUAGGAAAAAAAAGAAACCAUACAGCACAGUAUGAUAUCUACAACUUAGUGAGGUUAUCUAAUGAGAAUUUCACCAACUGGUUGCUGGUUAAAGUAGGAGACUUUGUUUACAGGAACCCCCACGAUCAAGACUUGAACAUCAAUAAAGAGAUGAUAAAAUGGCCUGUUAGUUUCAAAGAGACUCCUGAAUCUGUGUGUAGCCAGAGCUGUGGUCAUGGAUUACAGAAAAUUUACCAAAGAGGAAGACCUGAUUGCUGCUUUAUUUGUGUUUCUUGCACAGACAGAGGCAUUUCAAAUCAAACAGAUGCAGAGGAAUGUAUACAAUGCUUAGUUCAAGAGUAUCCAAACAGUGAGAGAACACAAUGCCUUCCCAAGCUUGUGAUAUUCCUGGAUUUUGAGGAUUCUUUGGGGAUAGCCAUGGUCUGCAUGGCUCUCUGUUUCUCUGUGGUCACAGUUGUGAUUUUGGUGGUCUUUGUGAAGCACCGAGACACUCCUAUAGUUAAGGCCAAUAACCAGACUCUCACUUUCAUCCUGCUCAUCUCUCUCCUCUUGUGCUUUCUCUGCUCUCUGCUGUUCAUUGGUCAUCCUAACACAGCCACCUGCAUCCUCCAACAAGUCACAUUUGCUCUUAUGUUCACUGUGGCUGUUUCCACUGUUUUGGCCAAAACCAUUACUGUGAUUCUGGCAUUCAAGGCUAUGAGGCCUGGAAGAACAAUGAGGUGCUUCCUGCUAUCAGGAGUUUCCAACUCCGUCAUUCCCAUUUGCUCCCUGAUCCAAGUGAUUAUCUGUGGGAUCUGGCUGGGAACUUCUCCCCCUUACAUUGACAUAGACUUACACUCUGAGCCCAGAAACCUCAUCAUCAUGUGCAACAAGGGCUCGGUCACUGCCUUCUACUGUGUCCUGGGAUACCUGGGCAUCUUGGCUCUGGGGAGUUUCACUGUGGCUUUCCUGGCCAGGAACCUGCCUGACACAUUCAAUGAGGCCAAAUUCCUCACAUUCAGCAUGCUCAUGUUCUGCAGUGUCUGGAUCACCUUCCUCCCUGUCUACCACAGCACCAAGGGAAAGUUCAUGGUGGCUGUGGAGGUCUUCUCCAUAUUGGCCUCUAGUGCAGGACUCCUAGACUGCAUCUUUGCCCCCAAGUGCUACAUUAUUCUGAUAAGACCUGAUAAGAACUCUUGGAAAGCUUUAAAAAACAGAAGAGGUCCUGGAGAAAAUAGGCAUUCUAAGAUUUGA